UGUGUUGUCAGUAGGUCUGUUCCUAGCUUAGGUCGCUCCAGCAGCAAUGGAGCACCCGAGUCAUCACUAACGUGGAGGAAUUUGUGGAGGAAUUAUCAUACAAGUUUUGGUACCGAUGCCCGCAUCGAUUACCUGUAUAUCUGCAAGUUAGACUUCCGGGCGGUGACAGCCACCAUGUCGGUGACUGUCCACGAGAAUCGGAAAUCCCGCACCAGCACAGGGUCCAUGAACAUCUCUCUCUUCCAUAAGCCGUCGCACCCCGACUGCGUCUUGACGCACCUGAACACCAUGAGGAAACAAUGCCUGUUUACAGAUGUCACGCUGUGGGCCGGGGAUCGGUCCUUCCCAUGUCACAGGGCAGUCUUGGCAGCCUGCUGCCGUUAUUUUGAAGCCAUGUUCAGCGGGGGACUGCGAGAAAGUAUGGACAGUGAGGUUCAUUUCAGAGACACCAUUCACCCUGAGGUCUUGGAACUUCUGCUGGAUUUUGCCUACACAUCUCGAGUCAUUAUAAAUGAAGAGAAUGCAGAGUCGCUGUUAGAGGCAGGAGACAUGUUGCAGUUUCAUGACAUCCGUGAUGCUGCAGCAGAAUUUUUAGAAAAAAACCUGCACUCUUCCAACUGUUUGGGAAUGAUGCUGUUAUCAGAUGCCCAUCAGUGUAAGAGAUUGUAUGAGCUGUCAUGGAGGAUGUGCCUACUACAUUAUGAAACGGUUCGGGACUCUGAGGACUUCUAUAGUUUAACUAAAGAGAAGCUGCUGGAACUUAUCCUUAGUGAUGAACUGGAGAUCGAAGAUGAACAGGUUGUUUUUACCUCUGUUAUGCGGUGGGUUCGCUAUGACUUGGAUUGCCGGCGCCACUAUUUGCCAGAGCUGCUUACGGGCAUCAGAUUGGCUCUUCUCCCCUCUGAAUGUCUGCUGGAGGCUGUGGCAUGUGAAGAACUAGUUAUGGCUGACAAGAGGAGCAGGGUGAUUGUAGAAGAGGCAAUGCAAUGUAAAAAAAGAAUUCUUCAAAAUGAUGGGGUUGUGACCAGUCCCUGUGCUCGACCACGCAAGGCAGGCCACACGUUGCUUAUAUUAGGAGGCCAGACUUUCAUGUGCGACAAGGUAUAUCAGGUUGACCAUAAAGCCAAGGAGAUCAUACCAAAGGCAGACCUUCCCAGUCCAAGAAAAGAAUUCAGCGCAUGUGCCAUUGGUUGUAAGGUUUACGUGACAGGAGGAAGAGGAUCAGAGAAUGGUGUGUCAAAAGACGUGUGGAUCUAUGACACAGUCCAUGAAGAAUGGUCAAAAGGAGCACCCAUGCUAAUAGCGAGGUUUGGUCAUGGUUCAGCUGAGCUGGAGAACUCUUUGUAUGUGGUCGGAGGUCAUACAGCCAUUGCUUCUGUUUUUCCCGCCUCUCCAUCCGUCUCUUUAAAACAGGUUGAACGAUAUGACCCCGUCAGUAAUAAGUGGACUAUGAUGGCUCCUUUAAAAGAUGGCGUCAGUAAUGCAGCGGUGGUCAGUGCUAAAUUAAAACUGUUUGUUUUUGGGGGCACCACUAUACACAGAGAGAAAGCAUCCAAGGUCCAAUGCUAUGAUCCUGUUGGGAAUCGCUGGACUAUUGCAGCUGAGUGCCCGCAACCAUGGCGAUACACAGCAGCUGCUGUCUUAGGGAGUCAGAUCUUCAUCAUGGGUGGUGACACGGAAUUCACAGCGGCCUCCGCCUAUCGGUUUGAUUGUGAAACAAAUCAGUGGACUCGCGUGGGCGACAUGACCGCGAAACGGAUGAGCUGCCACGCCGUGGCCUCAGGAAAUAAGUUGUACGUUGUUGGAGGUUACUUCGGCACGCAGAGGUGUAAAACGUUGGAUUGUUACGACCCAACAUCCGACAGUUGGAACUCUAUCACCACUGUGCCUUAUUCUUUGAUCCCUACCGCCUUUGUCAACACGUGGAAACACCUACCUGCCUAAAUGGGACCCAGUUUGAGGUGUGCAUGUCAUCCACUGACUGGCUGAAAAAAACUGAAAAGAAUCCACCCUGCAGAUGUCUUCCGGCGAGGACUGAAUGUAGACACAGAGUCUUAAAAUGACUUUGUCUCGGUCUGUAUUGGAGCAUCGAGAUCUUACAAUUAAUUGUUCAAGAGUUGUUCUGUAUGGGAUACUUUCAGAGCAAUAAUCUGGUAUAGCACAAAUAGACCUCACAUAUGGACAGGUUGGUGUAUUUGUUCGCCAAUGAAUCACUCACUAAGUAGGGUUGGGCAUCGUUUGAAUUUGGACCAUUCCGAUUCCUCAUUCGGUUCCAGUUCCCAAUGUUUCUCCAUUUGGAUUUUUUAAGAGGCGGGGUCAAAAAUAAAUUUCUCAUGGGGCUAUUUACAACCAGUAUAACUUUUGAAUUUGUGUAUACAUAUAUUAUGAAGAUUUUUUUUCCGCACUUUUACAAAAGUUUCACUUUAUUUUUGUAAACCUCAUUUAAAAAACAUCCUGUCUUUUAUAUGUUAGAAUGCGUUACCAUGUUCCCACUGAUGUGGACUAACCUGCUGAAGAAAAUCAAACAACCAAAAAAGAACAACCUGUCCAGUGUAAAAUUAAGUUUUACUUAACUGAUUGGACUUGGAGGAAGGUCAUUGAGCAGCCCAUCAAAGACAGGCCGCUUUAUUAAUUUUAUGUUGGUAUCAAUCGUAUUCUACUUUUUCGAAAAAUUAAGCGCCUCCACAUGGUUGCACACACAACUCCUGGUUCUUCUUUGUUGGUGUUUGCCAGCUAUUUCUUCCCGUCACCCAACUGGGAAUCUAAAACACAGUAGGGAUCAGCAUUUUUAAAAUUUGGACAGUUCCAGGAAAAUCGUAAUCGUAAUGUAAGUCCCAGUUCCCAUCGAUGCUCGAUGCCCAACCCCAAGUGAGUGAAUAAAAAGUCUUAAAUUUACAUUCCAAUUCCAAAGUCAUGAAUGUGAACAGCAUUUUGCUGCGAAAAUGAUCCAAAACCAAAAGUUAAUUUUUUGGGGGGGCUUUCAAUGACUCUACCAUAAACAGCUUUGACAGGAAACGAUCAAAAUUGUUUCAUCCAAAAGUAUUAAUAUUUAGUUUGAGCACUACCUUAAUUCUCUUGGGCAUGGAAUCACAGGAUUCACAGGUUGUUACUGGAAUCCUCUUUUAAAAUGACACCACAGAGCUGGUGGAUGUUAGACACCUUGUACGGCCUGUAGGUGCUUAAUUGGAUUGCGGCCUAGGGGCAUACUUGGCUACUCUCAUCAACUUCAGCUUUCUCAGCAAGU